UAUAUUUAGUCAUCCAUAUAUUUCUUCUCCGCACUUUGGUCUGCAAUAUCUCCCCACGCAAGAGUUGAUAAGACUGCUUUUAAUUCACGGUCACACUGUUCACGGUUCACAGAAGGAGGCUUGAGUUUAGACGCUGUAUCACCAACAAUGCUUGUGGUUGUAGCAACCGUUCUUCUCUUGGUAACUGAAACACACUCAACAAUCUGCCAAAGGGGAAAAAAUAUUCUUACAGGAGCCAACGGUCAGCUAAGCAGUCCAGAUCCGGGUAAAUCUGGAAUUUGUUCUUGGGAAGUUAAGGUCCCCGAAGAUUCACGGAUAGUUUUUUACUUCAACUUCUACGGGAUUGAGCAUUGCGGUAACAGUUACUCGAAUGAAAACAGGUGCGCUGGCUGCACUCGCAUAGAACUGAGGAACAGCUCUAAUAAACCACCAUGGUACACAUUCUGUGAUUUCAAAGCAAGCAUACCCGAACCUUUGUCCACCGACACAAGCACCCUUCUCGUGAAUUUCCAGUUGGAAGCAGAUGACAAAGAGAGCUGGUUCACUGCUGAAUACGAAUCUUGGCCAUCUCAUGAUAGGGUCGACCUGGUAACAACAUCAACCGCACAUAUUUCAAGUCCACUAUUUCCUGGCAGAUAUCCGAGGAAUUCGCAUUUUCGGUGGUCAGUGGUUUCUCCCUCGGGAUAUCGCGUGAAAAUUGAAUUCUCUAAGUUCGACUUGCGCUAUUGUGCUAGAUGUCAGGAAUGUGAUUUCCUAAGAGUGCAUGAUGGUUCUUCGCCUGAAAGCCAAGUGUUAGGGACAUACUGCUCAAAUCCUGGCACCCUAUACACUUCAGGAAAUAACGUUUGGAUAGAGUUUGUAGCAUCAAAGGACCUCAACCAAGUAUAUGACAGCACUGGGUUCAAAGCAACACUUUCAAGGGAAAUCAGGCUCUAUGUGAUUGUGGUACCGUGCAUUCUUGGAAUCUUUUUGGUAAGCCUCGUGGUCGCUAUCCUUGUUGUUAUGUGUCGCCGUCGCCGUCUCUCCCCAUCGGGAAAUGGAGCCCCUGUUGUACAGAUGUCCUUACUGAACGAAGACGACAAUUUUAGUAAUGCUCAUUUGUCCGAUGCUGGACCACACAUUGAAGCCAGCUUACCUGUGUAUCGUCCAACAACACAGAAAAUAAGGAGAUGACGAACCGCCUUACAUCAGCCAGAGAAGGAACGCUUUACACUGUUGUGUAAUAUGUUUAGUUGUGGUCAUUAUAUAGUCGUUGUACAAUUUUGUUUGUCAUAAGAUUCCCUUAACAUUUAUUUACAAAUAUGGUAAUGAGGUCAGGCUAUGAAGCGGUGAAAAGAAUUGGAAAACGGAAACGUCACCAUCAUAUGAUUUCCUGAAUCAGUUUUACUUCUCUUCUUGUCAUCAUGACCAAGUUAUGUGCAAUUGGAACCUGUAGAGAGGGAGAUUUUUCUCCAAGCCUUGAUCGAAAAUUCCAACAUUAAUAGCUUUAUUAAGGCCGAGUUUUCUUCAAGGUUCGGACGAGUAUUAGUUUACGUUACUACAACUAUUUACAAUAGCUCAUUACGAUUCUUUAUUGUAAUCAACAUAACAUUUUAAGUUAGAAAAGGUGUGAUUUUCUACCCAAGUUGUGUGUGUUUAAAACACAGUAAGAAGUCAGAAACGUGAGUAGAUGUAGACUACUGUGCGUCGAAAAUAGGAACAUCAGACAGAUAGUCAUAAUCAUUAGUCAGGCGGAGAGCUACCAUAGUUGAAUCAACUAUCAACUAUAAUCUUUUUUAUAUCCCUAACUGCCGGAUUCGCUCGCUCGGUGUUCGCUCAUUGAGGCGCAUGGUCCUGAAUCGGCCAAACCAUCUGAUGGUCAGAGCUCGAAUAAUUCGCCGAUGCGUGGUGAAAACUUUAUUUGAAAAUGUUUUUUCCUUUUAUAACGAAAUUUGCCUUUACCUUUAUUUUUUUCUUUGUUUGUUUUGUUGUUGUUGUUGUUGUUGUUUUUUUUUGAAGACAAACAAUUUUUUGAAAGUGGGAGAGUUAAGAUCUGAGUAGAUUUUAAUCAACUGAUUCACUUAUUCACUCAGUGUUAGUUACCAGUGUUAUUAUGACUAUUGAGUGGCUAGUCCACUGUGAUUACUAAAAAGGGUAGUAAGCAAACAAUUACGAUUAUAGAAAUAGUGAUAAUAAUUAAUGAUAAUCAUGAAAAUAGUGACUACUUACUCGUGUCAAGUCCUGUAUCACAGAACAGUGAUUAACGGUUUGAAUCUCAGAUGGAGGCUACAGUGAACAACCAUUCUAGGUGCUGUGUAUCCUAAACUCAUAUCCAAUGACAGUGUGAUGAUAAUGUCGCGGCGGUAAAGGCCUGAGACUGCUUGGUCAAUUGGGAUAGAAAACUUAAAAAUAAGAAGGAUUUCAAAGACUCAGUGUAAAAGCGAGUCUAGGCCAAAGUAUAGGCUAAGGUAACAGGCUAAUGAAUUGACCAGUUUAAUGUCUAUUAAACAACGAAGAAAACAGACAACCGAUCAAAACUAAUCCAAAAAAUCAGAGAAUCAAUUAUGUGUCCGGUAGUUUAAAGAAACAUUGUAAGCUUGUUGUUAUCAAUUAUUCCCAACUAUUUUCUGGUAUAAAAAUUGUAGAUCUCUUAGUACUUAGGAGUACAGAGAUUGAUUAGGACUAAUGGACAUAACUGUCCUCUUCGGGUAAAACCAUUACGAUGUUGUUGCUUUUCUCGCAAAGAAAUGACACUCCAAUAUUUUAUGUUAAAUUCGUUUUUCUCUAAACAUUAUUUUGUACCUCGCAUUGUUGAUUUGUCACAAAGAAAAGUUUUCUCUGCUCAAACCAAGAAAAAACCGUUUAUCGGGAGAUAUUUAGGAUAAAUUGUUAUUUCCCUUUUUUGGUGACUCAAUGCAAUCGUGUCACGAAUGUAACAGGCCUUAUUUCUUGAAAAAUAAUGAUCAUACCGUCUGCAGUGCUGUGAUUCGCCUAACUGACAAACAUAGCAAAUUGCAAUGAGGUGGUAAUGUAAAAUAGCCACCCUACUGAUGUUUCGAGCGUUAGCCCUUUGUUUUGCUCUAACGAAGGUCUAGCUCUCGAAACGUCACCUUUAGAAACCUUUAACGGUGGCCAGUGUACAUUAUCAACUCAACUGAUACAAUCAACUUAUCUUGUUAUACUCCUCACCAGCCUAGCACCGCAGUUUCUUUAAAAA